UUUGUCUAACUUAAGGGUAUAGACAGAGAUUGAGAAAAUCGAGAUCUUAAUAUACCUUCUCAUUUUAGCCACCCAUCAUCUCUCUCCAUGUCAUCCAUCACUGGGUGUGAAAACAUUAUUCUCUUCAGAAUUCAUAUAACUGGUGGCUUAAGACAAAAUCUAAAUGACUUAUAGGUGGAAUCCAAAUCUCACUGCUUGUGAUCAUGACCUGCUAGAGGACCACUUUGGAUAGGGACUAUAAUUCCUCAUUAGAACAGGGUCUCUCUAAGGACAAAACUCUCUCUCCCACUUGACUGAGGACUACUUCCCUAAGAGUGGGUCUUCCUGAUCAGAUCUAGCAUUUCUUUAAUUGAACCAACAGUUACAAAUGCCAGCUGUGCCUAUGGCACUGUGACAUACCACACUCUGGGUUUCCGGUCCUCACCACAGGCUCUGUUUCACUUCUACUCAUGCCAGGAAGAGGCAGGUUCUUCCUGAUGACAGAUACAUUCAUUGUCAAUGAUAGGAGGACAAGUCUUGGUAGAUCUAGCACCAGGGGAAGGAAGCCCUUGCAUAUAAAGGGGCUUUAUUCCAACUGAAGCACUGUAAAGCAGAUGAGGGUUGGAGACUGAUAGAUCCCAUAAGUGGGCUAAUGGUGAGGAGCCCAAACAGUCACCUAGAGAACAGGAUGAUUACUCUGUGGGGGAAGAGAGAGUCAUUCUCAUUCUGGCUGCUUAUUCUGGUGCUGUUUCCUUUCAGAGAGAUACAGGCAGAAUACCACUGGAAUGAAGUUAAGUUCACUGCAGUGAGCACAGACCGCUCUCUCUUGGACUUCACUGGUAUUGCAGUUAUUGAUGACAUUCAGUGGAUUUCCUAUUACAAACUGAACCAUCAGAUUGCAGUAAAGGUAGAUUGGAUCUCUGAUGUCCUGGGGACCGACUUCAUUGAAGAGAUGUGUCAUUUGAUAAAGAGUCAUGAGAGGGAUGCUGUCUCCUUGAUCCAUUUUUUGACUGGAAAUGACACCAAGACUGAGAGAAACAACACAAUGCAGUACAUAUUAGGCUGUGAAUUAGAUGAUGACAUCAAGUUGAAUAGCAAAAUACGAAUUGGCUUGGAUGGAGAGACUAUGAUCGAGUUUGAUGAACAUCAAAGACACUGGGUGGUCCAGAGCCCUAGGGCUGAAAACUUGAAACCCAUUGUGGAAAGCCUCUUCUGGACUAAUUUGAGAAAACGUUAUGUUAAGCAAUAUUGUGUUGAUGUAGUUCAGAAAGUUAUUCAGAAUUCCACCAUGAAGGAAAAUAUGCCACCUGAGGUGUUUGUGUCCCGCCAUGAUUCUCCCAAUGGAACCAUCACCUUCUCCUGCUUGGUCGCAGGCUUCUACCCCAAAUUCAUCAUGUUAAUCUGGAAGAAGGCCAAUGAACAAGCCAUCUGGGGGAAAGAAAGCUCUAGUGGCACCCUGCCUAAUGCUGAUGGUACCUUCUAUCUCCGAAUCACCCUGGAGCUCCCUGUAGGGGACUCAGGAGCAGGUUACACAUGUGUAGUGGAACACAGGGAGCUGAAGAAAACCACUAUAUAUCCUGUUCCUGGAAAGCCCCAUAAGAGGAAGCCUUGGGUCAUGGUCCUGAGCAUCCUACCAGUUUUCAUUCUGGUGUUGAGCUGUGCCCUCAUCACAUGGAAGAAGAGGAAGACAGAAGGGGCACCUCUUUCUUUGGUGGGAAGUGAGAGUAGCACUAUAUGUGGCAGCGCUUCAAAACGUGGUCUUGCUCACAUACAGUACUACUUCCGGUUACAUAAUCCUUUGCGGGGUGCCUUAGAAUGA